CUUUAGCUCCUGUAUGACCAUCUUUCUUCUCUGUAAAACCCUAACUCACCAAUCAAUCGAUUCGUUCUUCGAUCUAUCGGUUUUUUUCGAAAUUUCUCAACUCGGCAUUUGAUUCUAUUAGAAAUCUCUCAAAUUUUCUCCUCUGAAUUUAGCAUUUUUUUCAAUUUUUCUAGGGUUUUUCUGCGAUUUUCUGUUGAAUUUAUCGACGGAGUAGAAGCAGAACCAGAAGGAAAGGCUGGCGAUUGGUGUUGAGUUCAGGUGAUGGCGGAUCCGCCAUAUGUCCGCCUACGCCCACGAAUUUUUCUGAAUUUUUUUUGUUUAGUAUUUGUUGCUUGUGUUUGUGGAGUAGUAUUGAGAAGAGAGUGGAAAGCCUUUUGUGACCUUCGAGAAUGCUGAGUGUGUUACGGGUGCAUCUCCCGUCCGAUAUACCGAUCGUGGGCUGUGAACUCACCCCUUAUGUCCUUUUACGACGGCCAAACAAGGAUAAAUCAAUUAUUUCUGAGGAUGUUUCAGAGUCUGCACCAGUUGAUGGCUAUUUCUUGAGAUACAAGUGGUACCGUAUACAAAGUGAUAAAAAAGUUGCCAUUUGUAGUAUCCAUCCAUCUGAACAAGCCACAUUGCAGUGCCUUGGGUGUGUGAAGGCCAAAAUCCCUGUCACUAAGAGUUACCAUUGCUCACCUAAAUGCUUCUCAGAUGCAUGGCAACAUCAUCGUGUUCUGCAUGAACGUGCCGCUAGUGCUGUAAAUGAAAAUGGAAACGAGGAGGAAGAAAUAUUUGGGCGAUUUAAUAGUACUGGAUCUGGUGUUAUUAAUGCGAGUUUGACGUCUUCUCAAUCAAGUGGCAGCUUGGCGAAUGGAACCACACCUUUAUAUCCUGCAGCAAUAACCCAAAGAAAUGGCAGCGAAACCUGGUUUGAAGUUGGACGGGCUAAAACAUAUACACCAACUGCAGAUGAUAUUGGUCACGCGCUAAAAUUUGAAUGUGUUGUUGUAGAUGCCGAAACAAAAUUACCUGUUGGACCUUCUAGUACCAUAUUGACAUCCCGAGUGAUUCCAGCUCCAUGUCCAACUCCACGUCGCAUGUUUUCAGUUAGCGGAGUCGAUAUUCCCGGACAUCUGGAUUUGGAUGGUCGAUUAUCAUCUUCAGGAACUUUCACUGUGCUCUCCUACAAUAUUCUGUCUGAUGCCUAUGCAACAAACGAAUUAUACAGUUAUUGCCCCUCUUGGGCUCUUUCUUGGACAUAUCGUAGACAGAAUCUUUUGCGUGAAAUAGUUGGCUACCGUGCAGACAUUGUUUGUCUUCAAGAGGUUCAAAGUAAUCAUUUUGAAGAAUUCUUUGCUCCUGAGCUGGAUAAACACGGUUACCAAGCUCUGUUUAAAAGAAAAACAGCUGAGGUGUUUAGUGGGAGUAUUAACAAUAUUGAUGGUUGUGCUACAUUUUUCCGCCGAGAUAGAUUCUCACAUGUUAAAAAAUAUGAGGUCGAGUUUAAUAAAGCUGCACAAUCUUUGACUGAUGCUGUGGUUCCCAUUGCCCAAAAGAAGACUGCAUUAAAUCGUUUGGUUAAGGAUAAUGUUGCACUUAUAGUGGUUUUGGAAGCAAAGUUCAGCAACCAGGGGGUUGACAACCCUGGGAAGCGUCAACUAGUUUGUGUGGCCAACACACAUGUAAACGUUCAGCAAGAAUUAAGGGAUGUCAAACUGUGGCAGGUUCACACACUUCUUAAAGGACUUGAAAAAAUCGCUGCUAGUGCUGACAUUCCAAUGCUGGUCUGUGGGGAUUUUAAUUCGAUGCCCGGAAGUGCUCCUCAUACACUUCUUGCUUUGGGGAAAGUUGAUCCAAUGCAUCCAGAUCUUGGAGUGGAUCCUCUUGGUAUUUUGCGUCCACCUACAAAGUUAACGCACCAGCUCCCAUUGGUUAGUGCUUAUUCAUCCUUUGCCAGAAUGGGGGUGGGACUUGGACUAGAGCAGCAAAGGAGGAGGAUGGAUCCUAAUACCAAUGAGCCCUUGUUUACCAACUGCACCAGAGAUUUUAUUGGCACUCAUGAUUAUAUAUUUUACUCAGCUGAUUCAUUAACUGUUGAAUCUUUAUUGGAGCUCUUGGAUGAAGAAAGCUUGAGAAAAGACACAGCACUUCCUUCUCCAGAGUGGUCCUCUGAUCAUAUAGCACUCUUAGCUGAAUUUCGCUGCAAGCCCAGAACUAGACGCUGAUGAUGGGUCUCGCUGCAAAGGAUGAGUUCAAAAAUAGAAGCAGAAACAAUUACAAGGAUGAAAGUUAAGUUAUUGUAAGAAUAGUAGAUGAGGCGCCUUGGUUCUUUUUUUUAUUUUUCUCCUUUUUCUCGGUAUCCCAUGGUGGUAUAGCUGUUGAGCUUCUUUGUAUCAUGCUACAUUUGAUCUCAUAGAAAAAUUAUGAUAGUUUUUUUAAGAAACA